AUGGCAGACGUAGCAAUGGCCUGUGCAAAACAUCAGCUGAACGUGUACCACCACAUCUUCACCGACAAGCUCUAUACCUCAGUCAGCCUUGCAAGGUCAUUGCUUGCCAAGCAAACCUAUCUCACAGGGGCUAUAAAAGGAAACAGCAAAGGUCUGCCUUCCGAUUUUUCAACAAAGCCUUCCAGCCUGAACCGCUUGAAGUUGAAGCGCCUACAAAAAGCUCCGAGGGGUACCUUCUACACCAGACAGAAUGGCCAGGUGACAGCCGUCGCUUGGAAAGACAGCCGAGUGAUGACCCUCCUCUCAUCAGCGCACCAAGGCUGGAGAAAUCCUGUGACCCACACCCUCAGACGUAGGUGUCCGGACCCGUCUACCGGCCGCCGCAAAAUGAAGACCGUUGCAGCUCCUCCUCAGGCGGUGGACUACACCAAGUGUAUGGGAGGAGUCGAUCGUGGUGACCAGCUGCGAUCUUACCAUACUUGCACCCGGAAAUCGCAGUUCUGGUGGUGUAACAUCCUGUACUUCUUGGUUGAUGUUGCCAGAGUCAACGUGUGGUUUUGCUAUAAGCACCACAAUCCAGCCGGAGCCUACAGUGAUGGCAGCGAUAGCAGUGAUAGUGACAACAUCAGGGAGGAGGUGGAGAACAAGAUGACCCACUCCCAGUCCACUCCGGCCAUCGCUACCAGUCUUGUUGACGGACAUGCUAGAGGGGUGACUGCAAGACGAUCGUCAAGCGCACAACCGGUCCCGGCACACAACAUCAGGGGGCACUUCUCGGACAAGACGCCAGGAAGACACGCUCACUACUGCAAGUACUGUCGUCAAAAAAACAACGUGACGAAGUCCGAUAAGCCCAAGACGACCAGACGAGGCUGCCCAGUGUGUGGAGUAAACCUGUGCCCAGGGCAGUGCUUCAUCAAAUACCACCAGGCUAGCGAAGACACCACCACUACUACUGAGUAG